AGACGUUUACGAACGACGUACACCAUCCAACAACUGGACCAGCUGGAAAGAUUGUUCCAUCUCACAAAAUAUCCUGACGUCACCAGCAGAGAAGAAAUUGCCUCUCACCUGAAACUCGCAGAAUCCAGAAUUCAAGUCUGGUUUCAAAACCGUCGAGCGAAAUGGAGGAAG